AUGGCUGAAGAAGACACACGUCAUAACCCUCUUCUAGCGGCACUUCCGCCCGCGACAGACUAUCUGACCUAUCUCACCAUCAUCGAGUACAACCUUACCGAGGAGAAUCUGUCCACUCUCCAUCAAGUUCUGCAGGAUACAGAACUGACUGUCAACAUUGGGUGGGAUUUGAUUAACCUCCUACUCCCCCUCCUGCCUGCUUCGGAGGCCUGUUUACAGACCAUUGCUGCGAAAGGGAAUCCACGUGAAGUGAUUUUGAAGGUUACGGAAGCGUUGAGAUUGCUUGAGAUUGAUGAGCCGCUAGAACAAGAUUCUGAUGAAGAAUCUGCAGCAGCAUCCGUGAGCAAAACGGAACUUGUGGAGGCUAGAGAGCCAAGCAUAUCCCCCGCCCUGCCCGCUCCAGUUGUACCCCCUCUCUAUGUCCUCAAGUUUGAGAUUUUACUCUCUCUACUUUCCACACUGCAUCAACGGGUCAAAACGAAGUAUCCAAGUCGGUUCCUUUCAACAAGUCUCCAGGCCGUCCUCGCAGCAUAUGGAAAAGCACAGGAUCAUCUCGACGAGCUCACACUGUCCGCCACGAAGUUUGUGAAGAAUCUUUCUGGAACUAAGAGACCUCAUCUCCCUCCGCGAACUGCCAGUGGGAAUCCACUUAAAACUGGUGCCGGAUUUUCUGAACCGGACCCGGAAGCACAGAAGGAGCCACCGACACCAGACGAGGAAACGUUGGUAAAUCGUCUGCUUCAAUCGUUUAUCACGCAUAUACUCGAAGAUUACAUCCUAUCUAUAUCCUACAACCAUGAUGUGCCUGGUUUAGCAUGGUCAAGCAGGCUGAUGGAAAAAUGUGAACCCAAGCGGACCGUUCUGAACAAGAAGACAUAUGCAGAGCGGUUUGCGCAAGAAGAAGACUUGAAGGCAAGGUCCGCUAUUCUAGGUCAGAUUGUUGCCUUAGCUCAAGACCUGAGUCUUUCGACUCAAGACUUAUUUCGAACCUUCAUGGACCCGGAGGUAGAGAAGCCAGGAAUACCAGGAGAGGAGAACGAACCACCCAGUUCUGCUGAAGAUAUAUCACUUUCUAAGACCGGGUCGCUGUUUCUCUUUGCCGCACGCCAUAUAAAACAGGAGUUGUUCGCAACUACAAGUCCUGAUGCUAGUGCUACAAUAUCCAUAUUUCCCGACCAUGCAGCGAUCCUCGACAACUUCGUGGGUACGGUUGGCUUGCAGACGGUUGGGCUUGAGCCAGAGGCUCUCCUCGACACGAUCCUCUGUCUUGGUUUGCUCGCCGUGGAGAAGAACAAUGUCGGUGAACCGGUUGAUGACGAGUCAUUUGCGAAAUAUCUGCAGACUCUUUCCCUAGUAUCCGCCAACACGCCAUCUCCAAGCCUCCGAUAUCACGCUCACUACCUUACCUCGACAAUUCUGCGCUCACAUCCAUCCGACCUUAUCCGCUUGACUUUUAUCCGCGAUACUCUAGAACACUGUCCUUACGAGAAUCUCAAAGCAAGUGCUGUUGGUUGGUUGAAGGGUGAGACUUUGGAAGCGAACAUUCCUCAAAACCCAACAUCUAGCUCUUUGUCCACUGAAGAAUCCACGUCAUCUAUCUUUGCGACCCCGGUAGCGCUGUCAACGACGGCACCAUUUCUCUUCCCAGACCUCACCUCGUCCUGGGCAUCCGCGGUGGAGAUCUCAGAAAACUUCAUGCAAUUCCGCACGGAGCUCGGUUUCUAUCUCGCUGCGCUGAACUUCUACUACUUACUUCUGACGGCCAAAUUUUUGCAUGAAAAUCUAGAUAUUGCUGGACUUCAUAAGUCUAGUAGUAUGGAGAAGACUUAUUUGGCACCACUGAGGCAAGCUGUCAGUCGGUUCAGAGAAGCCUUAAAGGAUGGGGGUGAGCUAGCAAUUGCAGAGGGCGAGGAAGGCGUGCAGAACGCGCAGAUGGACUUGAUGAUUUUAGAGGAUGUACUUGAUAGGGUUGGUAAGGGUGCAAAAGGACUUGGAAGUGCGGAUGAAAAUCGAUGCAAGCAACAAAUUCUAACAAAUACACUCUACUUCUUGAACUCGAAGGAUGUGAUGUUCCGAUGGUUCCGUCGAUCCUCAGCGCUCGCUUACGUAAAUUCCGGGGUCAGCUUUCCGAUUCCGUUUUCGUUCAUUUCCAACAACGACAGCCAGUCUCUCUUACCUCUCCCCACCAUGUCCCUCGAUGUGUUCCUCAAAAAAUUCGACAAGCACAUCGAGACCUUGCGCGAGCUCUCCACUUUCCUUGACGAAUCCCUCCAGUCGAGUCUGCCGGGCGGAGCUGCGGACGUCUUGAUUGGUUUGACAGGUCAGGUGGGCAAGCUGAAUGGGUGGAUGGUUAGGGCAAAAUUCCAAUUGGCGGAACAGCGGUGGGACACGGAAUAUACAAAGCCACGCAACGACGAACGGCACGGUGAAGGUCUACCGCAGACAAUGAAAAGGAAGGCUAGUUCGGAGGUUGUUAAGGCGGAGCCGAAGGUUUUGAAGGUGGGGAAGGAAGGAGAGGAGGAAUCGCAAGGCAAACAGUCGAAGCGUAAAGCUGAUCAUGAGCACAUCGAGCCGGAGGCGAAAGGACGGAGGCGUCGAAGUAUUACGUCUGGGAACGAGCUUGAAGAAGAGGAGGGGUCAGGAGGGCAUGCGCCGGGAACCGGAGAGCCAGCGCCAGAUUCGAAUGCACAGGACGAGAAAUCAGAGGACAGAGUCGACGAGGAUGACUACGAGGUGCAAUACGUCGACAUCUCCGGAAUAGUCCUCCAACAGUUGCGUGAGGGUCCGGGCGGCCAUUUAUGGGGUGGUCCAAUCACUGGAAAGCGAAAACGCGACGACUUUCUGGAGGACAACAUGAGCUACGAUAGUGUCGCGGACACUGGGGCAUCUGCCAUGCCCAGCUCUGCGCCUGGGUCGAGGCUUGGGUCGCCCACGAAGAAGAUGCGGAUCUUGGGCCAGUUUGAGCAGCAGAAUAAAAGGAAAGAGACUACGAGAGAAUCAAAAGAAGAUGGGGAAGCGGAUCCGAGGAAGAAAGUGAAGACGGUAUGGCAAUUAUGGACAUGGACAUGCAAUGAAUAUAUAAACUUCAUUAGGAAGGUUUUGCCGAGUACCGCUCAGAUCAGAUGGGGCCAAGAUUUGCCGAUGCUGGUUCCGUCAUGGAACUUUUUGCGCGUCUCCAAUUUCCACCACUUCUACUUCCUAGCGCUAAACUUACAACAUCCAUUGAAUUGA